AUGCCUGUAAAUGUUUCGAAGGUUGGAUUCAAAUAUCUGGUCGAUUCCACAAUGUUUAGACUGGGUUUGAGAUCUCAAACUCAGCCACGUGUGCAAGUAAAUGCUGUUACCUCUACAGAAAAUAAUACAUUACAAGCACCAACUCCUCCAACGGCUAUACCUUUAAUGACUAUUCUAAGGAGACUUCCUAGUUUAUUCCCAAGGUCUCUUUCGGAAUCUUACCAGGAUUUUAAACAAUUUAAUUCAAACCAAGAGCAGAUUCAACAGGAUUUAUUGUCAACGCUUCCUGCAUUCAAUACAUUAUCGGAAAAUCAAGUAUCUGCUAAAUUAUUAAAGACACCCGUCGACGAUCAAGGGAAUUAUAUUAAUGAAUUAUGCAUAGAACCGAAAGUACCAAAUAAACCAUUAAAGCAUUUGAUCUUUGUUCAUGGAUAUGGUGCGGGACUGGGGUUCUUCAUCAAAAAUUUAGAACAUAUGCCUUUGGUGGAUAAUCAAUGGUGUAUCCAUGCAAUAGACAUGCCCGGAUUUGGGUUUUCUUCUAGACCAAAAUUUCUCUUCCAAUAUGGUAAAACAUCUGCAACAGAAGUUAAUGAUUGGUUUCAUACUAGAAUAAAUAGAUGGUUUGAAAAAAGAUCUUUAUUAGACAAACCUCAAAGUAAUAUUGUAGUGGCACACUCAUUAGGUGCGUAUAUUAUGGCUCUUUAUGCGAAUAAAUAUCCUACUCAUUUUAAAAAAUUGAUUAUGUGUUCACCAGCUGGUGUUUGUCAUUCAAAAAAUAUUAUUCAAGAUAAAUUAAAUCAAAGGAUUCAAAAACAUGCAAAUUUAAAUCCACCCUGGUGGUAUUCAAAAUUAUGGGAUAUGAAUUUCUCACCGUUUGCUAUCAUUCGUAAUUCAGGUCCAUUCGGGUCAAUGAUAACAAGUGGUUGGUCAUAUAAAAGAUUCAAAAGAUUUCCAUUACAAGAACUAAGUCCAUCAUCAUUAUCCAAACAACAAUUUGAACUGCUACACAAAUAUACUUAUAGUAUAUUUAAUAGACCUGGAAGUGGUGAGUAUCUGUUACCAUUUGUAUUGGGUUGUGGUGGGGUCCCUAGAGAUGCUUUAGAGGAGACAAUUUUCAAAAACAUUAAUGACCCUGAAUUAUUUAAAGCAAAAUGUGAUUGGGUAUGGAUGUAUGGUGAGAAUGAUUGGAUGAAUAAAGAUGGGGCACAAAAUAUUUCUAAUAAUAUGAAUAAUAUUUAUGGGAAUAAAAAGAGUAAAGUAAUAAUUGUUCCAGGUGCAGGACAUCAUCUUUAUUUCGAUAAUUAUCCAUUUUUCAAUCAAGAAGUAGUAAAUGAAAUGGAAAAUAUAUAA